AUGUUCGAACAAUUCAAACGAUUUUCUUCAGUUCUGAACUUUAAAGAUUUAUUAGAUAACACGGGGCUCCCCAGAGAAGGACUGCAGGCUGUGAAAAGCGAAUGGGAGAGCAUUCGAUCUAAGUCCGUCGAAAUGUUAUCACCAGCAACAGUCUCUACUUCAAGUAAGUUUCGUGCUGUGCCUAAGAUAGAUAUACCUGCUACAACGGAACUCGCAACUAGAUACGAAUGUGAAUGGAAUAUCAUUCGAAUGGAAGACGAAAAAAACUUUCGAAAUGCAGCAAUAGUAGAUGAAUUAAUUCAACGAAUGCUCAAUACAUGUGAAAAUCAUUAUGAAGUAUGCGAAUCAGUAAAAUCAGAAUCAAAUCAAUUACCUAAAGUAAAGGAAAUUAUAGAAGAGAUGGCAGUCACUGCAGGAAAGUUAACAGAGUUGGAGAAAAUGAUUGAUGAGCUUGCAAAAAGUAACGAAGAGCUAGAAUUUGAGGAAUGGAAGCAACAACAACGCCUCUUGUUUAAUCAGCACGUCGAUGAAAAAAAUAAAGAGCUGGAAGAAAAAAGAGUUCUUUAUCGACAACAUUAUGAUGAGUUCUUGACCAAUCAUCAGGUUCAGAGAGUACAGCUUUACCAAGCCAAUUUCGAAGCGCAAAUGGAAAAUUAUCGAAAUCGUGCGAUAGAUUCUUCUAUGUUUAAUGAACAUCCUAUACAGUCGAUAACAUAUCAAUCUGAUGAUGACGUGAUAGCUAAGUUAGAUCAAGUUGUGAUCGAAACAGCAGAUGAUCGAAAUGCCUUAGAAGAUUUUCUUUGUUCGAGUUAG